UCUGCCCGGGGCUGGCGCAGGGCAUGGCCCUCACCUCCACGCUGAUGGCCGCGCUGCCCGGCUCCUUCCCCGCCUCCCCGCCGCGCCCUGAGGCCGCCAGGAAGUUCGCCCCCCCGGGGAACUUCGACAAGGCCGAGGGACUGCCCCCCCCGGACGGCGGCGGCGGCGGCGGAGACGACGGCAAAACCGGGGGGGGCCUGCUGCCCUUCCCCGCUGCCGACGCCGUGCACGCAUCGCUGGCCGGGGCCCUCCGCGGCGGCCCCAAGGACGACCCCAAAGCGGAGGAGGAGGCGAAGGGCCGCGAGGAGAACUUCUCCAUGGACAGCGACCUCGAUUACAGCUCCGACGAGAACGGCCCCGCGCCGGCGGCCCCGCGGGAGGAGGACUGUGGCGCCGCGCUGGAGGAGAACCCCCCCAGCGCCGCCAACGCCGCCGCCAACGCCGCGGCUACGGGGAAGAACCGACGGCGGCGGACGGCGUUUACCAGCGAGCAGCUGCUGGAGCUGGAGAAGGAGUUCCACUGCAAGAAGUACCUCUCGCUGACGGAGCGCUCGCAGAUCGCGCACGCCCUGAAGCUGAGCGAGGUGCAGGUGAAGAUCUGGUUCCAGAACCGGCGCGCCAAGUGGAAGCGGGUGAAGGCGGGCAACGCCAGCUCCAAGGCGGGGGAGCCCUCGCGGAACCCCAAGAUCGUGGUGCCCAUCCCGGUGCACGUCAGCCGCUUCGCCAUCAGGAGUCAGCACCAGCAGCUGGAGCAGGCGCGGCCCUGAGCGCCGCUGGGGGGGCAAAAAGUUGACAAACAGGGUUUCCGACGGACCCGCUCUGAAAAGAAAAACGAACGACGGCGGAACCAACCAAAAAAAAAAAACA